AUGAGAAGAUAUCAGUUAACAAAUCAAUUUGAAAAGAAUUUCUGUGUGAUGGAAUUCUAUCAGGGUUUUAACAUUGCUUUGCAACAUCAAAGAUUGAGAUUUGGUAGUUCUGAAAUAUAUAACGAAGCUUUAGAUGGAAACUUAUUCAUAGACAAGGUCAAGUUUUCAAGACAAUGCUUCCGUCUCAGGCGUAUAACUCCACAAAGAGAUUUAUUUUCAAGUUUCACUUAA